GGACGAUGAGACCCUGACGCACCCGUCACUCUACCUUGACCAGAAGUACUACGACCUGCUGAUGGAGCGCCAACACCUGAUGGCCCGUAAAAUCAGCGCAGCUGAGGGCAAGGACCAACGCGCCCAGAAGAGG